UCACGGUAAAUAAAGAUUACUUGUCGCCAACUGAAGAUUGUACGAUUUGAAAACGAUGAACCCUGCACGAAAUCCAGUAGACUUGAGAAGUGAGAAACCGAAUCGUGAUCUAUCCUUUCGUGAUGCGAAAUUUCACUGCAAGGCUUGGUCGCCCAAACAAAACGAUCAUUUUUUUAAAACUUCCUGAAUUACUAAUUGUUGUAAGCUACUGUUUGUUUAAUACCUCUUAAUGCUAUAUUAGACCACAACGCUUGACUAAACCCUUUAACUGAAUAGUUGCUAUUGACGCCUAUCUGCGUCAUCGAGCUAAGAAUAUGAGCCUUUAAAAGGAGCUAGGCAUUAUAUGUACGGUUAAUUCUAUGUCCUACAUCACUGUCGCAUACUUUAGUUCCAAAGACUCCUAAGAAGCAUGGAAGCUUUCACAUUUACAGGUCAAGGGAAAGUAAAUCAGCUCGGUGGAGUUUUCAUAAAUGGCAGACCACUUCCAAAACUUCUUCGAUGGAAGAUCAUUGAACUGGCACAAAAAGGUGUCAGGCCUUGUGACAUUAGCCGUCAACUGCGAGUUUCUCAUGGUUGUGUAAGUAAAAUCUUGUGCCGAUACCAAGAGACGGGUACCGUUGAUCCUGGAAUGGUCGCUUUGAAUAAAGCUCGCGAUGUGACUCCAGAAAUCGAACAAAAAAUUGACCAUUACCGAAAUGAGAACGGAGGAAUCUUUUCAUGGGAGAUUCGGGAUCGUCUCCUUAGAGAAAAUGUAUGCACCAAAAGUACCGUGCCUUCACUUAACGCCAUAAGUCAAAUAUUAAAGUCCAAGAUCGUGCAAGAAACUGGGGAAAGAAAGAAUACUGUUCUGUGGCGAAAUAAGUCAAGUGGAAAGAGCUGUAAGGAUUCUGAUGACAAAGAGUUUUUUCUACCUCCGACGUUUGUGAAAGAGGAAGAUGAUCCACCGAGUCCAACAGCUAAGGACGACACAGAUUCUUACCCACCAGGAGUAGAAUUUAAAACUUUGAGCACCUUUUCACCAAGUUACACGUACAGCAGUUUGGACAAUGAUUUCUUCAUCGCUCGAAAACAACGUCGCAGCCGCACCAAAUUUACACAAGACCAAGUACGGGCCCUUGAAAAGGCCUUCCAGAAGACACAGUACCCGGAUGUGUACACACGAGAGGAAUUAGCUCAGAGACUGUCACUAACAGAAGCUCGCGUGCAGGUCUGGUUCUCCAAUCGACGAGCUCGCUUGAGGAAAAGAGAUGCUAAACAGGAAAAGAAAGACGAUUCCGCUGCUUGUGUAUGCCAACAACCGAUGCCGUCCAUGAGCUACAUUCCAUACGUGGUUGUGAAUGAUGCCAUUUACUCUUUUCCUAUCUACUGACGAGUUGAGCGUGGCGGACAGAAAUGUUGAAAGAAAAUGAGCUUCGCAAUGACGUUUGCCAACUUUAAUUUUUCUUCAUGUGUGAGAUGGGAGACAAAAACUUAGAGACUCGAUUUAAAGGAUUUGGUCCGACUGGGCAAUCGAUCUCUUCAACUCAAGUCGCUCUAUAUUCUCUCGUCAUUUUCUCGUUAUCAUCCCCAUUCCGACUCCCGCACCCUUCAAAAAUGCUUUUGAAAGAAACUUUUUCUUUCAUAGUCAGUUCGUAUCAAUUGGUAUGAGAAGUGUGCCAAAAAGAGAUUCAAAGAAGUCGUAGAAAAAUGUUAUUAAUUAAAAAAAAAGAGUUCCAUGUGAUAAGUAUAAGCUGUAUAUUUUAACUUAUUUAAAGUUAUAUUGUAAAUAUAACACCGUAAUCAGUGUUUUCGUUCA